CUCCCAACCGUGAGUCGCUCGCAACCAACACCGGCUGGACAAACUGUUGUCAGCCUGUCAGUGCAUAUAGCUAGCCAAGACCGCGAUAGAGCAAAACGAUAUAGCCAGCUAGCUAGAUCACAAGCAAGAUAAAACACGACUCGCAUCCAGUACUGCAGGCAAGUGUGACGACAUACAUGGGAAACCCGAGAAGAGAACAACGAUAGCGUGAUCGCGAGGGAAUAACGACUCUUCUGUCGCUGUAUCCCGAUAUAGCUAAGGCUAACUGACCAGGCAGCAGGAUAAUUUCCCGUUGAGGUUGCAGCGAUGGGAAACGGCUAAAUCGCUAGAAAUCUCCAAGCGAAUCUGGGCGCGGACAGACGACGGGCGAACCGAGUAGCGCGCUAGCACAGUCGCCGACAGACGUCCUCAGAGCAGCGACUGACGGACGCGCCGAGACGCAGACAGACGCACUGACCGAAGGGAGGGGCCCAGAUAAAUGGCUGACAAGCAGAUCAGUUUGCCUGCCAAGUUGAUUAAUGGGGGGGUAGCAGGGCUGAUUGGGGUCACCUGCGUGUUUCCCAUUGACCUGGCCAAGACCCGCCUCCAGAACCAGCAGAAUGGCUCCCGGCUCUACACCAGCAUGUCGGACUGCCUUAUCAAGACCAUUCGGUCGGAGGGCUACUUCGGGAUGUACAGAGGGGCUGCGGUGAACCUGACCCUCGUCACCCCAGAGAAAGCCAUCAAGCUGGCGGCUAAUGACUUCUUCAGGCAUCACUUCUCCAAGGACGGUCAGAAGCUGACCUUGCUGAAGGAGAUGCUGGCAGGCUGUGGAGCAGGCACAUGCCAGGUGAUAGUCACCACUCCCAUGGAGAUGCUGAAAAUCCAGCUACAGGACGCCGGGCGAAUUGCGGCCCAGCGGAAGCUGAUGCCGGAGGCCGUGAGCUCAGGCCCCGCGGCCCCAGUGGAGAUGAAGUCCCCCACCGCCAUGCAGCUGACCCGGGACCUGCUGAGGAGCAAGGGAAUCGCAGGGUUGUACAAGGGCCUGGGGGCCACACUGCUCAGGGAUGUGCCAUUCUCUAUAAUCUACUUCCCUCUCUUUGCCAACUUGAACAACCUGGGCCGGCGGGGGUCGGAGGGCAACGCCCCCUUCUACGUGUCCUUCGCCUCAGGCUGCAUCGCCGGCAGCACUGCCGCUGUGGCCGUCAACCCUGUGGACGUGAUAAAGACCAGACUACAGUCUCUGACAAGGGGAAGCCAAGAGGACACUUACUCAGGAGUGACCGACUGCAUCAGGAAGAUCCUCCAGCGGGAGGGUCCCUCCGCCUUCCUGAAGGGGGCGUACUGCCGCGCCCUGGUCAUCGCGCCCCUCUUCGGCAUCGCCCAGGUCAUCUACUUCUUGGGCGUCGGCGAGUACCUGCUCGACUUACUGCCAAAACGGAAGGACUAGCGCCCCCCCGCAGGACGAGGCGUGUGUGCGCGUGCGCAUUUGGACCCGGCAAGUUGAGGACCAGCUGACAGCUGUGUAGCAGUGUUUUUUUCUGAAUGUCGUACUUUUUCUUUCUUUUUUUUUUUUUUUGCAGUGGUGCAGUGAAAUGAUUUUUUUCUUUUCCUUCUUUUUUUUUUGUUGUUGCGAAACUGCCUGGGUUGAGUCUGGAUUCCCAGCCAGCUGCCUGGCAACCCUUAAUCUCAGCCGACUGAUUGGUCGCUUUCAAAUUGCAAAAAAAAUAUGCACAUCAAGUCUUGGAUGACUUCUGCAGCACCUGUUUAUAUAUGCUCAGAUUCUGAGGACCAAUGCUUAAAUGCUGUCAGUGUAAUUGCGUGAACGCAGUUAAACUCAAUGCUGUCAGUGUUAAUGCUUAAACACAGUUAAAUUCAACACUGUCAGUGUAAUUGCUAAAACCCAGUUUAACUCUGCACUGUCAGUGUGAAUACUUUACUAUUAAAUUCAACAAUGACAGUGCAAAUGUUUAAACUCAGCAUAACCCAACAUGUUGAAUGCUUAAACUCAAACUCAGCACUGUCAGUGUAAAUGCCUAAACUGAAACUCAACACUCAGUGUGAGUGCUUAAACUCGGUUAAACUCAACACAGUACGUAAAAGUACUUUAACUGAAACUCAACACUGUCCGUGUAAAUGCUUAAACUUAAACUAUACACUGUCAGUGUAAAUAUGUUAACUCAAACAGAACACUGUCAGUAUAAACAAUUGGACUCAAUUAAACUCAGCACUGACAGUGUAAACAAUUAGACUCAAUUAAACUUAGCACUGUCAGUAUAAACGAUUAGACUCAAUUAAACUUAGCACUGUCAGUAUAACUGAUGAGACUCAAUUGAACUCAGCACUGUCAGUGUAAAAUGGUAAACUCAAACAAACUCAACACUGUAAGUGUAAAAUGGUAACCUCAAAAAAACUCAACACUGACAGCUGUAACAAGGCAAACCCAACCAAUUAAACUGAAAUGUUAGCCACUCAAUUAAACACAAAACUGUCAGUACAAAUAGGUAUUUUCAAUAACAUUAAAUGCUGUCAGUGCACAUGGUUAAACUCGCCUAAAUGGAACAUUUUCAUUAAGCAGUUCAUUUCAAUCAAACAAAAUACUGUCAGUAUAAAUGACUAAACUCAAAAUGAAUGAAUUGAAAAAUUCAGUGUAACUGGAGAAACUCAAACGAAUACUGUCAUUGCCCCCAAGGAAUUAGACCACUGUGAUGUCAUCAAUGAUGUCACUGUGGUGUCACAAUACACAUACACGCAUGCCUAGUCCGAGUUUGGCUCCCCUAUGCCAGACUGUUGCAGUCCUGGGUCCAAACUCGGUGGGCCGUAAAUGCUCUUGCUAAAAGAACUAGCCAUCAGCCCUUCAAAACAGUAAACUCUGCUGUUGCUCUUUACACUUGCGUGUAAUGCUUAUCCUUAAAUAAAAUUAAAAAAACCCAACUGAGAAAUGUAAUUUCUUAUGAAAUUGUUUGGGUUGUAGAAAAAUGCCAGGCUUAGGGUCCACCGCUGAGCUUUUUUAACCAGAUCUGGAUUCCCCUAAAGUUGGGGAACACCAAAGAAAUAUCAUUGAAAGGAAAAUGAAGGGCAUAUCCAAUCCGUUGAGAGCCCGUGUGGAUGCCCUAUGUUCUGGAAACUUCUCUUCACCCCCCCAACCCCAACCCCAACCCCAACCCUACAGACAUUCCAUAAUCAGCUCAUCCAAAACGCACCCCAAAAAUGUUGAGAAAGCUGGAAUUGAUCCAGAGUCUGGAUUUCUGGAUCUGCUCAGCUGGGAUCAAGAUGAAUUUUGCUGCGUUAUGAUUUUCUCAUAUCCUCCUUAUUCCUGAAAUUUCAAAAAGGAAAUCAAAUCCUGUUUUGCAAUUUACAAUCAGAGGUGAGAGCAAAGUGUAUUUAUUUAUCGAUCGAAAUUCCUUUCUAUAUAUCUAUAUUAUAUAUAUAUAUAUAUAUAUAUAUAUAAAUUUGUAUUUAUCAUUUUACUGCAUCUGUGUCCAGCUAACUGUACUGUAUAUAUGCAAAGACAAUAUGAAUUUUAUGUUGUAUUAUAUUUUAUUGUUCUUUUUUUUUUUUUUUUACAUGAUGGCUUAUUUGCACACCUACCUCUCCCGAUUCCUGUCUCUCUUGUCAUCGUAGUGGUGUUGUGCUGUCGUAAUGUUGCAAACGGAAGUGCUGGAGUUGUUUUUUUUUCCAGUUCUGGGGAUUGAAAUAUACUACUAAAAUAUGCGAAAAGGGUGAGAUUAGACUUGGUAUGCAACUGGGAGUGAUCACAGUUUUGCUCUACGAUGAUUGUACAGACCAACUCCCCAUAGGGGGUGCUAUCUCGAGAUACAUUGUUUGCACGGGAUGUGUUUACUGCACUGUCCUGUCUUCUCGUGACCAAACUGCAUUCAGGAUUACCUGCGGAAUUGCUGGUUUCCUAUGAAAUAUUCACGUUAGAAUAGCUACACCGCAUCUGCCGUAUGAUUGGUUGUUGCUGUUGCCGGGGAAACCCAACGGCGUAUAAGCAAUCAGCUGUACAGCUCAUGUUAGUCGCUGCCUUUCUCAAAGGAGGAAGGACCUCACGAAAGCUUGCUUUUGUUUCGUCUGCAAAGAGUUUGGGAUUACAGGGUUCUCACGUUUGUCAACGAUGACUUAUUACAUAAGAGCGGACCUUGCUUUGUCACUGCAGCUGAAGAGGUGAAUCACAGAAAACAAAACAUUACAUGGAUGCAAUAUGGGGCAGUUUCGUAAUAUCCUGAACUGAAAAUCUCUAUCUAUAUUACCUGCAUCUAAAAUCAUUCAUCGUCAGGAGGAACAUCAGUAAAUAACCAGUUUAUCCAGACUUCAGAUGAGCAGGUUUUCAGAUUUUAGCCGCGAUGGGCGUUUCUGCCUUCGUUCCGUCACAUUUCUUUCUGGGCACAGCGAGCAGGAAAGAAACAAACUUAAGUUCUCACUCACAAAGGUAUGAGGUUUACACUGGUUUCUUAUUGUCCACUUUCUGACUCCGGUUUCCAGUGACGCGAUGAAUGAUGGGAAAAUGUGUUUUAAGAACUCCACCUUUGCACAGAGUUACUUGUGUUGAAUCCAGGGAGGGAGCUGCUCCAAUUGGUCAGACCAAGAAACAUGUGGGCGAGUUAAAGUUACCUUGUGUCCACAGUGAAGUAGUGCCUGAAUAGUGUGAACAUUUAAAGGCAACCGCCACGGGGAGGACAAGACCUCAGAAUGGAGACAGUGGUAAAUGAAGAAUAUCUCUCAUUUGGUUCAAAAGCCUCUUGCUUUUGUUAUUUGCUUUGCAAGGUCUGAGGCCUUUGUUUACAGACACAAUUGAGCGAUGCACUAAGGGAUUGCGGUUUCUCUGUUUGCCUUUUCUACGGGCUGCUGAUUGUUCUCCUUAUGCAGCGGUGUGGUUUUUGACGGUCGUUUGCUUUGACUGACAACCAAUGUUGCAUCGAAUCAUAGCGCAUUGCUCCAUUUUGUUUAUAAUCAAAGGCCACAGACUUUUUCAAAGCAAAUAGCUGAACGAGAACCAAAUGAUAAUUAAUCAUUGGUCUGCAUUUUGAGUUCAUAUUUCUUUCCCCCACAGUGAAGGUUCCCCUUUAAAUGACCAACCCCUUGACCUCUAUGUGAUCCUAGCUGGAUAUUUUUAAUUUGUUUGUUAUUGUUAUUGUUUUGGUUUUUCUUUUUUAUUUCUGGAUCAUUCCACCUGCAGACUCAUCUCAUGUUGUUGUCAUUGGUCUCUUUGCUUAUCGUCGUUGUUCUUAUUAGCGUUCUUGCGAUUGUGGCUCUUAACCUUGAAACGUGUCUAUUUGUUUUUAUCAGCUGUGAAAUUUGAACAGACUCUGUGAAGCUGGCCGUGUGUAUCUGUGCGUUGGGUGAGUGCGUCCGAGUUCGGCCGGUGCUGUGUACGUAUCUGUGUUAAGCGCUGAUGUGGACGCUAGGCUAAGAGAGAAGUUAAUUCCUUUAGCUGUCAGUCACUCCCAUUUCACUUCUUCCUGUCAUUCUGUCCUCUGGUCUGUCUGUCCGUCUGGCACCUCUUUCUCGCUACCAGGACAGACAGACAUCGGAGUGAUUUAAACACCAAAAAAAAAACUACUUUAUCACCGUCAAAGAAGCACAAAGAAUUAUUUCACACAAGACGAAACACACUGAAGGUGUCCCAGUUAGAAAUGUACAAGUAGGACCCCCUACUGAGACGACACAGCAACGCAAUAUUCAGGAACUGAAUGAUGUUUCUAGUGUACCACAGCUAAGAAUCCAAUUUUCUACGAAAUCUCAAUAUUUCUAUUUUAGAUUUAUGACAGAGCAAUACAUUUGUAGAUGCUGCAGUGCCAUAAUUAUGCACUCUUGCUGAAUUUACCAUGAAGGUCACAUGGUUUAUUUCAUGUGUAUGCAGGUAGUGACUUGACUGCACAUCGUGGAGACUGAUCUUGUGCAUUUUAGCUGGGCACUUUUUCUGUACACUAUCUAUAUUCAAUACAAAUCUAUAUAUGUUGCCUACUUAUUUCCAAAUAACACUUGAUCAGAGAAUGUAACUUCAAAUAUUAAGACCAAUGUAAGUUUAGUUAGGUAAGUGAGAUUAGUUAGUUUAGCUAGUCGAUUAGUUAGUUUUAUUAGAUUAGAUAGAGGUUUUACCUGUCGCUCCUGAACUGCAGCUCUCUGUCUCCGCUGCCUCACAGCGAUGUCGGGUUAGCACGUUAGCGGGUUAGCACGUUAGCAGGGUUAGCAAGUCACACGUAAUGCAAGACUGACAGCGUGGUGCCUGAAUGCGCCCACUACACGUCUCCCGCGAAGCGCACUAAUGCACGCACACAAGUCCGGAUCAUUCUGAUCCUCCCCACAACCCCCACCCCCAAUCCUAAUCCCAAUCCCAAUCCCAAUCUGAACCUGGGAAACAUUCUUUAUGCGGAGCCUUUGUUCUGUUCCUCCAAGAGGAGUUGUGCUUCAAAGCACUUAAAAAAAAACAAACAAACAAAAACACCCCAUCUCACCCUCCACCCCUCUCUCUCUCCUUCUAUUUCAAGUGUGUAUACGUGCGUGUGUUUGUACACAGCAGAGGGGGUUUGUGAAUAAGUGUGUGUAUCUGAAACAUAAAUUUAAAGAAAAAUUCUGCAAUUGUCGUGUUGUUGUUUACCAUGUGAAUAAAAACAAAUACACUAAAAAGUGGCAUUUCCUUGACACAGAUUGUUGUCCAAUAAAAACAAAAUGAUUGUG